AUGUCUUCAUUCGGUACAUUGUUCAAAGUCACCACUUAUGGUGAAUCCCACUGUAAAUCAGUCGGAUGUAUCGUUGAUGGUGUUCCACCAGGUUUAGAAUUAACAGAAGCUGAUAUUCAACCACAAUUAACAAGAAGAAGACCAGGUCAAUCAAAAUUAUCUACACCAAGAAAUGAAAAAGAUCGUGUCUUCAUCCAAUCAGGUACUGAAUAUGGUAAGACUUUAGGUACUUCUAUUGGUAUGUUGGUUGCUAAUGAAGAUCAAAGACCUCAUGAUUAUAGUGAAACUGAUUUAUACCCAAGACCAUCUCAUGCUGAUUUCACUUAUUUAAGUAAAUAUGGUAUCAAAGCUUCAUCUGGUGGUGGUCGUUCAAGUGCUAGAGAAACAAUCGGUAGAGUUGCAGCAGGUGCUAUUGCUGAGAAAUUUUUACAAAAAGCUAAUAAUGUUGAAAUUGUUGCAUUUGUAUCACAAAUUGGUGAAGUUAAAAUGACCAGAGAUGUUACUGAUCCAAAAUUUGUUGAAUUAUUGAAUACUGUUACUAGAGAACAAGUUGAUGAUGCAGGUCCAGUUCGUUGUCCAGAUCCAAGUGUAGCUCAAGCUAUGGUUGAAGAGAUUGAAAAAUAUAGAGAUGCUAAAGAUUCAAUUGGUGGUGUUGUUACUUGUGUUAUUCGUAAUGCCCCAAUAGGGUUGGGUGAACCAGUUUUCGAUAAAUUGGAAGCACAAUUGGCUCAUGCUAUGUUGUCAUUACCAGCUACUAAAGGUUUUGAAAUUGGUUCAGGUUUUGAAGGUGUUCAAAUUCCAGGUUCUAAACAUAAUGAUCCAUUUUAUUUGGAGGAAGAAACUGGUAGAUUUAGAACAAAGACUAAUAAUUCUGGUGGUAUCCAAGGUGGUAUUUCAAAUGGUGAAAACAUCUAUUUUUCUGUCGCAUUCAAAUCAGCUGCAACUAUUAGUAAAGAACAACCAACAGCUACUUAUGAAGGUAAGAAGGGUGUUUUAGCUGCUAGAGGUAGACAUGAUCCAAGUGUUACACCAAGAGCCAUUCCAAUUGUUGAAGCCAUGGCUGCGUUGGUUUUAGCUGACUCUUUGUUGGUUCAAAAAUCCAGAGAGUAUGCACACAACAUUGUCAAGAACUAG